CUAACCUGGAGGUUAAUAUGUUUACACUGCAGUCUUAAAGCUUCACCUGGAAUUAUGUAUCCGACUGGACGUCGUACAGCAACCGCUGCGGUCUCCCACGAACAAUGAAACCCUUCUCUCCUCCCAUGUUCCUACAACGCCGUCAUCUACGCCGUCUUCUUAAGGUGGUGGGUUUCUCCAUUGCUACCUGGUUGAUAGCUGCAGCAUUAUAUCUGGUAAUUCCGUCUCCAAUCCCCGACGAUACCUCGAUUAUCGAGUCGCUUCAAAAUGGUCAAACAAUAACCAGAGUGUUCGACUUUGGGACGUUCUUCCCGGUCAACGAUCGCAUAUACUCUGACCAGAACAUGAAACGUAGAGACUCAUUCAUAAUGCAAUUCAAAAUUAAACGCAAUUCUACCCCCGGUUCACGAACACUAUUAUUUGGUGGAUAUGCUGACGGGAUUCUGGACAAAAUUUUUGCAACUCUUGAUAGCUCGUCAUCGACCAUUAAGACGCGAUACCACAAUAUAACGCUGGGCAAACUCGAUGGAACUAAAGAAAAAGUCUCUCCACCCAUCGCGUUGGACAUUGCAGUUGGAGGAAAGGUCGACUUGAUUCCUGCGCGUGUUGGUACUGCCGAUACAGCCUUGUUAGACUGGUGGCUCAGCCACGAAACAACUACUCUGAAAUUCCGCGUCCGCUCGGUUCCAGCGGAAAAAGUCAUUGAGAUAUGGCCCGACUCGAACUACAGACGGCAGGCAACGCUAGAUAGUUCUAAACCCCUCCUUUCUAUUUCAGUUCAUGAUAUCGACAGCCCUCAUUCAUUCAUUUUCCCUCGUUCACCUGAUUCCUCAUCCCCGUCAACAACGUACCCAAUUCGCUUGGUACUCCUCUCGUUCCUUGUUCCAAUUGGAGCAAUGGGAGCGCUUCUGGUCGGGUUAAUAGGCGCUAUCGUGUUUGGCAUCUAUCAUUUGCUCUUCUUAGUGCUCAACAUUGUUGCCCUUGGUGUCGUCUGCGUUGCCAUCUAUGGAAUAUAUUGGUGGAUAAAGCACGAGAGACCACGAAUGUCAGUCUCGCUGGCCGAUGUGCGGAAUGUACUGGACACGACUUUGGCCGAUGUGCGGAGGAGGAACGAGGCAGCAGCGAGAGACCAGUCAGAAAUCAAUUUGGAGGCUCAGGACCCUUCUUCACGUCAGGACAUGGACAACAAAACACAGGGGCCAUAAGUUGGAUAACGUUCGUUUGAACACACUUUCAUUGAGGUUUUUGUCUUGGGUCAUGGACACCUUCUAUGGGUAGACAUUGGAUUCAGAAUGUAGGAUUAGCCUGCCACGAGCUUGCAGUAUCAUUGCAGUACAUAACGGCGUCUAGUGACUGGAGGGUAGGUCAUCUUUUCGCCAACCGACUCCAUUUCCAUCUUGGAUAAUUAGCAGCCAGACAAGAUAUACUAGGGAUACACAAUAAUAAAAUUAGGAUGAGACCUUCCAUGUCUCUA